UCCCUCCCAUCUAUCUACCUACCUACCCACCCACCCACCGGUCUUCCCCGCGUGGGUUGCUUUCCUCCUCGCCCUUCUUGACUCCUCUGGUCUUUCGCCUUCGUGCCCCACCAGAGCAGAGGGAGCAGCCUCCGUGGGCUUCCAGGCUGCUGCCCUUGCGUGGGCUGGGCAAAGAUGCUGCAAAUAAAAACCUUUGGGCCUUGGUUGGAAAGCCAGUGGAAACUGGUAGAAAGUUGUUUAUUGCAAAACCAGGUUAAAAACUGGCGCAGGGAUCUUAGUACAACGUGCACAAGGUUUUCGAAGAAUCGGCGGCUGGGACAUAAAAGAAGCCUUUCGGAAAAGAAGCUGACCCGAUACUUCGUAGAUCAUCGAAAAGUGUGUGUGAUAGCAGGAAAAGGAGGGGACGGUAUUAGCUGUUUUCACAGUGAGCCGCGGAAAGUGUUUGGCGGUCCUGAUGGUGGAGAUGGAGGAGACGGGGGACACAUUAUAUUGAAAGUGGAUCAGCAAGUCAAAUCCUUGGCUUCUGUUCUCCCAAUUUAUCGAGGUAUCAAUGGAGGAAAAGGGGGAAGCAAAAACUGUUAUGGUGCUGCUGGUGAAUGCACUUACAUCAAGGUUCCCACUGGUACAGUGGUUAAGGAGGAUUGCAGAAUUGUGGCUGAUCUCAAUCAGCACGGUGAGGAAUAUGUCGCAGCCUAUGGUGGACUUGGAGGGAAGGGCAACCGUUUCUUCCUGUCCAAUGAAAAUCGAGCACCCAUAACUGCUACUCUAGGAGAACCAGGUCAAGAAAGAGUUCUCCAUUUGGAGCUCAAGACUAUGGCCCAUGCAGGGAUGGUAGGAUUCCCUAAUGCUGGGAAAUCUUCACUAUUGCGAGCGAUCUCCAAUGCAAAACCAGCAGUAGCUGCUUACCCUUUCACAACCUUAAAUCCACAUGUAGGCAUCAUCCACUACGAAAAUUAUGAACAAGUUGCAGUUGCUGAUAUUCCGGGAAUAAUAAAAGGAGCCCAUGAAAACAGGGGGCUUGGGCUGGCCUUCCUGAGGCACAUUGAACGCUGCCGCUUUCUUCUCUAUGUGUUGGAUCUCUCUGCAUCUGAGCCAUGGACCCAGCUGCAACACUUAAAAUACGAACUGGAGCAGUAUGAGGAAGGCUUAUCAAAGAGACCUCAUGCUAUCAUCGCGAAUAAGUUUGAUCUUCCACAGUCUAAGAGCAAUUUGCCUCUCCUUAAGGAGCGAGUGAAACACAGAGUCAUCCCAUUGUCUGCUCUGACAGGAGAAAAUCUGGAGGAAUUACUGUUGCAUCUGAAAGAACUGUACGAUGAUUAUGUAAAAACCGAAGAAGCAAUGAGGCAGAAGCCUAUAAAGUGGUAGCUUUAAAGUAGUAACUGGCAAUAUAGCUCUUAACACAGCCACAUUUAGGCAGAAGGAUGUGAGGAGGCAGGAGAAAUCUGCAUUGUUCUCAGAACUCAUGUCUCUCUUGAGCUGCUGAGCUUUCUCUCCCACCCCUCCAACUUAAGGAAACACACUUCAAUAAAAUGUUUUGUUCUAA